UGGGGGACCCUGCAAGAUGAAGAGGGUGCGCACGGUCUUCAAACCAGAGCAGCUGGAGCGACUGGAGCAGGAGUUCCUCAAGCAGCAGUACAUGGUGGGCACGGAGCGAGUAGACCUGGCUGCAACUCUGCAUCUCACAGAGACUCAGGUGAAAGUCUGGUUCCAGAACCGGAGGAUAAAGUGGAGGAAGCAGAGCAUGGAGCAGAAGGCAGCAAAGUUGUCGCAGUUUGGGGUGAUACAGCCUGCCACUGCGGACUCAACAGACAUCAAGGAUCACGAGGAGGACACCGUGGACGUUGAGCUUUGA